AUGUAUAUAUUAUUGCUGCCUGGAAGAAAGCAGGCAGACAAUAAUGGCAAUCAAUAUUUUCAAAUUCAAAAAUUGGGCAGAUUUUUGAUAUCAGCACUACUUAUCCUCUUUAUUAUAUUCACUGAUAUUCCUCAGGCAGAAUCGCAAUUCCGUAGAGAUAUUGAUUGUUCAGUAAGAUGUGAUUAUAAUUUCUGUAGAUGUUUUGGACCUCAAGGACCGAUGGGUGAUCCAGGUCCUCGGGGACCACCUGGAUCUAUUGGUCCUAAAGGCUAUCCAGGUGAACAAGGACCACCAGGACCAAGAGGUAUGAAAGGUGAACCUGGACGUGAUGGAGCUGAUGGUCCUAUUGGAGAUAGAGGUCCUCCAGGAGACUUUGGACCACCAGGAAUGCACGGAGAACAUGGUGAAAGUGGUGAGACUGGUGAGAAAGGAGCUAAAGGUAUAGCCGGCUGUCCUGGUGGAAAAGGAGAUCCAGGAGAGAAAGGUGAACCAGGAAGACAAGGUAUGGAUGGUGAAAGAGGACCAUCUGGACUUGACGGAGAAAGAGGUGAUCCUGGUGAAUCCGGAUUAGGAACUCGAGGGCCACCCGGUCCUAAAGGAGAUACUGGUGACAUCGGACCAAAAGGCGAUGAUGGAAUUCAAGGAGAACGCGGAGAUACUGGUCUGCCUGGACUUGAAGGAGAUAGAGGUGAAGACGGUGACCAAGGUAUAAUUGGUGAACCAGGUGAACCAGGCGAAACUAUUAUUGAUGCAUAUACGCCAGUUAAAGGUGCUCGAGGUGCACCUGGUGAUCCUGGUGAUCCAGGAAGGAAUUGUUCAGUUUCUUCAUUGGAACAAGGUCGUCAAGCUUUAAUUGGACCAGCUGGUGAUCGGGGUGAUACAGGUCCUAAAGGAUAUCCAGGACCGAAAGGAGCAAAAGGAAUGAGAGGUAUAGAUGGAACUAUCGGUCAGCCUGGUGUGAAAGGACAACCAGGUCCAGAUGGUCCCCCGGGUCCGAAAGGUAUAAAAGGAAGCGCUGGACAACCAGGUGCUAAAGGUGGUCAAGGACGUGAUGGUUUAAUUGGUGAUCGUGGUCUACCCGGACCUAAAGGUUUACCUGGAGAUCCUGGGGCGGAUGGAUUACGUGGACUUAUCGGUGACCCUGGUGAACCUGGUGGAACAGCAGAGUGUACUGGAGUUCUACCUGGACGACCUGGACAACGUGGUAUACCUGGAGAACCUGGAGAUAAGGGGAUUGCUGGAAUUCCUGGAUCAGUAGGCGAUCGAGGAUUGAAAGGUUUACUUGGCCCACAAGGACCAGUUGGUGAUCCUGGAGCUGAUUGUCCUAUUGGACCACCUGGUUUACCAGGACCUAAAGGAUCACCGGGUGAUGAUGGUAGACCUGGCUUACCUGGACUUCCGGGAACUCCUGGCGACGAUGGAUUACCAGGAGAUAAAGGAGACCCAGGUAUUGGUCACAGAGGUGCACCAGGAGAUCCUGGAGACAGAGGUUAUGAUGGUCCUCAAGGCCCGAAAGGUCCAAAAGGUUUGAAAGGUGAACGUGGUUUACCAGGUACAAAAGGAGCUGGUCGACCUGGUCCACCUGGUGAAAAAGGUGAACGUGGCUUAGAUGGUCUUGCUGGAAAACACGGGAAAGAAGGACCGCCUGGACCACAAGGUGCACCUGGUGAACGAUGCAGUUUAUGUAAACCUGGUAUACCUGGAGCAAAAGGUGAAAAAGGUGAUCCUGGUCCAGCUGGUCUUCCAGGUCCUAGAGGACGCGAUGGUGCCAAGGGUGAACGAGGAAGUCGUGGUGCUCCUGGCAACCAGGGUCGUAUGGGUUCUCAAGGUUAUGAAGGUGAUCAAGGUGAACAUGGUCUUCCUGGACUAAAAGGUGUGAAAGGUGAACCAGGUGAAACAAGAACUGAAUACACUGGAAUUCUUAAAGGUCCUAAAGGUUAUCCUGGAGUAGAUGGACCUAAAGGUGACAAAGGAAUCAAAGGUAUACCAGGUUCUCCUGGAGAGAAAGGUGAUCGUGGAUUAGAAGGACGACAGGGGGAUCCUGGUUUACGAGGUUUACCCGGGCAAAAAGGUCCCAAGGGUAUAUUAGGCGAAAAAGGCUACAAAGGUGCAUCAGCAGAAGUUAGAUUUGGAGUUAAAGGUGAAAAAGGUCAACCAGGACGUCCUGGACUAAAAGGUGAUCUUGGUGAUGCUGGUGAACCUGGCAAUUGUACUGUGAAUGUCAUUCAAAGUCGUAAUUUAACUGUGGAAAAAGGUGAUCGUGGUCCUAAAGGUGAACCUGGACCUAGAGGCGACAAAGGAAAACCAGGAGAUGAAGGUCCACCUGGAAAACCUGGAGAUAGUGGACUUAGAGGCGAGAAAGGAGUCCCAGGAGUACCUGGAAUCCCUGGAGUGAAAGGCAUAAUUGGUUUACCAGGUGACCCUGGUGAGCAGGGUAGCCCAGGUGCUCCUGGAUUAUCUGGAUUACCUGGACCGAAAGGAGAUUAUGGUGAAACUGGUCCUACAGGAGAUCGUGGUUUCCCAGGUCCAAAAGGUGAGAAAGGAUUACCUGGCCUACCGGGAACAGGAAUUCCAGGAGAACGUGGUGCCCCAGGUCAACCAGGUAUACCCGGCGCAAAAGGUGCUCCAGGAGAUGCUGGUAUGACUGGAGACCCAGGAGAUCCAGGAUCUGAUGGAACACCUGGUUUACCUGGAGAACGUGGAGAUAUUGGUUUACCAGGACUUCAAGGUGAUCCUGGUCCAAGCGGUGGAAAUGGUAUAAAAGGAAUUGUCGGAGAUCCAGGAGAUAUGGGAGAACCAGGUCAACCUGGACUUCCUGGAAUGCCCGGUGACAGAGGCAAAUGUCUUGGAGCAGCUGAAAAGGGAGAACCUGGUGCUCCAGGCCCAGAAGGUUUUGAAGGUCCUAAAGGCGAUCCUGGACCAAGAGGAGCGAAAGGAGAACAAGGACCACCAGGUCCAGUUGGACGAAUCGGUGAAAGAGGCAUGAAGGGAGAAAGUGGUUUACCUGGACCAGAUGGACCACCAGGUGAAGUUGGUCUACCUGGUCGUCCUGGUGCACCAGGUCUUAAAGGUUUUGAAGGUACACCUGGACCGAAAGGAUUUGAAGGCCCUGAAGGUAUUCCUGGAGAUGAAGGUCCUCCUGGUCCAAAAGGUGAACCUGGUUUACCCGGUACAGAUUCAUUUGGUACUAAAGGUGAACCAGGAGAAAGAGGUCCUCCAGGUGAUAUGGGAGAAAAAGGUUCUGCUGGAAAACCAGGUUUACGUGGACCACCAGGCGAUGAAGGAACAAAUGGUCAGGCAAUUGUUGGAGAUGCUGGUGAUCCUGGAGAUGUUGGAGAGAAAGGCUUACCAGGAAUGCCUGGAGAUCCAGGACCGUAUGGACCUAAAGGUAGUCCAGGAGUACCAGGUCCGAUUGGACCGAAGGGUUUGAUUGGAGAUCCAGGUGUUCCAGGCCUUCAGGGUCGCCCAGGAAAGCCUGGUCCAGAAGGUCCACCUGGUUUACCAGGUCCAAAAGGUUUCCCUGGAGAAAAAGGUCAAAGAGGCAUAAAAGGCGAAAGAGGUGAACCAGGAGAGACUAUACUCGGACGUGAAGGAGAGAUAGGUGACAUAGGAGAAAGGGGUAUUCCUGGAAUUCCAGGGCCAAAAGGAGAUAGAGGAUUCCCUGGUGAUGUUGGACCAAAAGGCUUACGUGGUCUACCAGGACGAGUGGGCGAAAAAGGUCAACUGGGAAUGCCUGGAGAUAAAGGUGAACCAGGUAGAAUUGGCAUUGAUGGAUAUCCUGGCAGAAAAGGAGAUAAAGGAGAAUCUGGAGAUAUUGGACCUAUUGGAGAUUCUGGACCAAGAGGACAACCUGGGCCGAAAGGUUUUCCAGGUGCUCCUGGGCAGUGUAUAGCAGCUGAAGAAAGUGCUGUUGGUGAUCCUGGACCUCAAGGUCCUAGAGGACCACCUGGAGAAAAGGGUUUAACAGGCUUACCUGGUAAAGUUGGUAAAACUGGUGAACCUGGUCCGCCCGGAAGAGGUAUUCCUGGUCCUAAAGGUCAAAGAGGUGAUCCUGGUUUCCGUGGCCUUAGUGGUCCGAAAGGCGAAAGAGGAGAAUCCGGAGAUCCAGGUGAUAUGGCUCUUCCUGGAGCUAAAGGUCCAAGAGGUUAUCCUGGUAUUAAAGGAGAGAAAGGUGAAUUAGGUAUGCCAGGAGAUACAGGUCCAAGAGGUCCUAUUGGUGAUCCAGGUCCUUCCGGAGACAUCGGUUUACCAGGUGAUGAUGGCAGACCUGGUCUUCAAGGUCCACGAGGCGAUAAAGGAGAAACUGGUUUCCCUGGGUCAAUCGGAAUGAAGGGUGACACUGGAGAUGUUGGUGAUCCUGGACCGAUAGGUCCACCUGGUCCACCUGGAGAAGAUGCUACUGGUCUUCCUGGUCUUAAAGGAGACAAAGGUGAACCAGGCACACCUGGACGGAAAGGUAUGAUGGGUGAACCGGCAGCACGUGGAUUGAAAGGUGUUAAGGGGGAGAUGGGAUUACCGGGUCCUACUGGUAGAGAACCUGGAGAGCCAGGACCAAAAGGAGAACCAGGACCGAAAGGACCUCCUGGAGAUAUUGGCCCCAGGGGGAUACCUGGUGAUAUUGGUCCACCUGGACCAGAAGGAUUUAGUGGGCCACCUGGACAAGCAUUGCAAAGUACUUAUCUUUUCACAAGACACUUUCAAAAUCCUGACACUGAACCUGUAUGUCCUCCUGGUUCACAGAAAAUAUCGGAGGGGUACAGCUUUGUAAUGGCGAAUGGAAACGGAGAGUUAGUUACAAUGGAUCUUGGUUCGCAUAGCUCAUGCUUGAAUAUGUUCAGUAUUAUGCCAUUUUUCCAAUGUCUACGUGAUGGAUCUUGCCAACUUGGUGUUCGUGCAGAUCGUUCCUAUUGGCUGGCUACUACAGAACCCCUUCCAAUGAUGCCAUUGGAUGUCAGUGAAGUUCGUCGAAGAGUAGCACGUUGUGUUGUCUGUGAAGCACCAACUCAACCGUAUGCUUUUCAUGCACAAGCUAAUCAACUUCAAGAAGUUAACUGUCCUGAUGGAUGGGCAAGACUUUGGGAUGGAUAUAGCUUUGUUAUGCACAGUGUUGGCAGUACUGGUGGCGGUCAACAACUUUCAUCACAGGCAGUUGUCUUGA